CCCCGUAUCCAGGGGCUGCUCUUCAGGGGUACCCGGAGGGGGUCCUCAGGGGUCCCUUGGCGGGGGGAGGGUUGGGGGUUGGGAGCGAGGAGGACAGUCGACAGGGGGGUCCGCGGUGAUCGUCUCAGAGACGCCGUGCUGGUCAGCGCUGCCAUGGCUGCCGCUUCCGGCAAGAAAGGAAAUCGCUCUGGCAAGGCUCCGCGGCGCGGCGACGUCUCCUCCGACGCUCUGCCCGGCGGCGGCGGCGGCGGCGGCGCCGGCGGGCCGCCCUCCAUCUCCGACACGGAGCUGCUGUCCUUGCCGGUGCGCGAGCUGAACCGGCGGCUGCGCGCCGCGGGCCCCGAGGAGGCGGCGCGGCUGAAGACGCGCCGGCGCACGCUCAAGAACCGCGGCUACGCCGCCAACUGCCGAGCGCAGCGCUCGGAGCAGCGCGCCGUGCUCGAGGAGCAGCGCUCGCACCUGCAGGCCGAGGUGACGGCGCUGAGCCGCGAGGCGGGCGCCAUGCGCUCGCAGCUGGCGCGCAUGCAGGCGCAGUACCGCGCCCUGCAGAGCCUGGCGCGCGACACGGCCGCCGGCGGCGGCGGCGCCGCCGAUGCCGGAGACGGCGACGGCGCCGGCGCCGGGAGCGACGGCGCGGACGGCGCCGGCGGCGGGGACGGCGCUCGCGGCGACGGAUUGGCGGCGGCGGCGGCGGCGCCGCGGCAGUAG